CAGUUCAUGUUGAACAGGUGGAAACGUUUUUCUUUACCCUGCAUGCAUACGUGUAUAUUUAAUAUACCAAAUAAAAACUAUUUAUAAGUGUUAAAAAAUAAGGAAAAUGACGAGUCCAUUAACAGUUGGUACCUUGUUUAUAAGGCUGUUCAGUGGGGUGAUCAAUCUGAUUGUUUUGAUUUUGUACAGAGUCGGAUUCCAAGGAGAAUUUUUGGGAGUGGGAGGAACGUGGAAUUUGAACGAAGCUAAAAAUCCGGAUGCAGAAAUUGUUGCUUCCGGUAUUUUCGUUGGCUACUUCAUUUAUACGAUUAUCAGUUUGAUAGCUUUCUGUUUCUCUGUUGGAGAUCACAAAACAACAUACACUGAUGUUUUAAUGAACCUGAUCGGCGUAUUUAUGUGGGUGGCAAUCGGUGCAACAGCUCUACAUUAUUGGAACGGUUACAUGGCAGAACACAAAUAUGUAUCCAUGAAUUCAGAAAGAAUGAUUGGUUUGACACUUGGGGCAUUGUGUCUCAUCAAUGGAGCCUCGUAUCUUAUAAACACCGCAGUUGGAGGCAUAUUCAUUGCGAGAUACAAGUCCCAGCAAUAAUAAUGCACAACGAUAACAACAAAAUAAUAUCGACUUAUUGAGAAACAUUAAUUAGUUUUAAUUUAUAAUUUAUUUUUUAUGUUCAUAAAAUUAAUAAUACGUACAUUUAUUUUGAUCUCCAACAAGUUCAGUUUCUAAUAAAACAAUCGU